AUGCCUAUGGAACAAAAUAACCGUUCUCAUGUCAGCGAGUUUAUUCUUUUGGGAUUUACUAAUGAACCAACAAUACAACAAUUGCUCUUCAUAUUCUUUUUAUUGAUAUACCUGCUUACAAUUUGUGGUAAUAUUGGCAUUAUCUUAACAGUCUCCAUCAUCUCUGACUUGCACAACCCAAUGUAUUUCUUCCUCAGUAACUUGUCCUUCUCUGACCUUUGUUAUUCUACCGUUGUCACACCGAGAAUGUUACAUGAUAUUUUUUCUAAUAGAAAAUCUAUUUCUUUUAUUGGUUGUGCUGUUCAGUUGUACUUCUUUGCUACGUUUGCAUCAAUAGAAUGCUAUAUAUUAUCCACCAUGGCAUAUGAUCGCUAUGUAGCAAUUUGUUACCCUCUACUGUAUCCUGUGAUAAUGAAUACAAGAGCAUGUAUCCUUCUUGUAUGUGUUGUGUAUAUCAGUGGAUUACUAACUUCUGUAAUUCACACAUCCUGUAUAUUAACUUUGUCUUUUUGUGGACCUAAUGUCAUCAAUCAUUUUUUCUGUGACAUCCCCCCACUGAUGGAACUCUCUUGCUCUGAUACAUAUACCAACAAAACCAUUAUAUUUUCUAUUGUUUCUUUUUUAGGAUUUUUUUCUGUGAUUGUCACCCUGGCCUCUUAUGUCUAUAUUUUUGCUACAAUAAUGAAUAUUCGGUCAUCUGCUGGGAAACGUAAAGCCUUUUCUACGUGCACCUCUCAUCUUUUGUGUGUUUCCUUGUUUUAUGUAACUGUUUUUUUCAUGUAUCUCCGUCCUGCUUCUAGUUAUUCUGUUAGCCAAGAUAAGGUGGUUUCUGUAUUUUACACAAUGGUGAUACCAAUGAUGAACCCUAUUAUAUACAGCUUACGAAAUGCAGAGGUGAAGAAAGCAUUCAGGCCUUUAGUAGGAGAAAGGGAAUACGUUUUGUUUAGCUGGGCACUAUGUCAGUGA